GAGACCCCUUUUCAAACCCUCGCCAUCAUAAUUUACCCAACUCUUCAAUUUCACUAAUUAAUUUUGGCCUUUCACCUUUAGACGCACUUCAUUUCUUCCAACAUCACUCAGCUUUAAAUCCAUUUCUCCGUAAGAAGUUGAUCUUUUUGCCUGCAGGCCACAAUGUCGAAGCGAGGUCUGCCAGUCGCAGCGACUGUGAACUGUGCGGAUAACACUGGCGCUAAGAAUCUCUACAUUAUUUCGGUGAAGGGAAUCAAGGGCCGGUUGAAUCGGUUGCCUUCGGCGUGUGUUGGGGACAUGGUGAUGGCUACUGUGAAGAAAGGGAAGCCUGAUCCCCGUAAGAAGGUCAUGCCCGCAGUCAUUGUUCGCCAGCGCAAGCCAUGGCGCCGAAAGGAUGGCGUGUACAUGUACUCUGAAGAUAAGGCGGGUGUUAUCGUGAAUCCUAAAGGUGAAAUGAAAGGUUCUGCAAUAACUGGUCCAAUUGGUAAGGAGUGUGCUGAUUUAUGGCCAAGGAUUGCUAGCGCCGCCAAUGCAAUUGUCUAAGGGUAGUAGGUACGGUAUGCACAUAUAAAUUAUAGGUCACCAUUCAUGAGAAUUUCAGGGUAACAUGUUCAGACAUUUGGAUAUGGCAGGCUUCAGCUCCUGUCUGCGUGUGUUGGUCUUGAUUUUAUUUUCUUUGAUCACGGCUGCGAACCAUUUAAAAUAUUUAAAAAUUGUUGUACCUCUUUGUA